GUUGAAACAGAGUGGGACUCGUCUCGAGCAUAUGACGAGGUGGCUACAUGCUAAUGGCUCGUGUAGCUUCAGUAGUUAGCAGCUAGUCGCCUAAAGCUGUUUCGCUAGCUUUCCGAGGCACAGUCCUGCUAGCAUUCCACAGGAAAGCUACACAUGUCACCGUCGUUUGUGAACGUCACUUAGCUUUAGUCAUUAUAUUCUGUUAGCUUGUAAAUAAACGGGAUAACCUUCAGUGGCGAGAAAAGCAGUCAGACUCAUUCACUCUUCAUUAGCCCGGAAUAAAAGUGACUGCUGCUGCUGCUGCUAAAAGUAGAUCCAGAUGGAUAGAAAUCAAAAAAAGCUUCGGUAUCAGGACGGUAACCCAUGCAUCCAAGAAAGUGAUGCCUCCUUUAAGUGUUUGGAUGCGAGUAACUAUAAUAGGGACAUGUGUUCAGCCUAUUUCCUGACAUAUAAAAACUGUAGGAAAUACUGGCACAAUGUGAUGCUGGAGAGGAGGCGACAGGGAGUGAAACCUGAUAUGCCCACUGCUGCAGAGAGACAGGACAUGCUCGAUGCCUUCGGAGGCAAACCCUACUGAGAGUCUGCAGAGGCACGCGACCACCAAAACAACGUGAUACUCUGACAAAUAAAACCUCAGACAAAUGGAAGACAUGAGACGGAUUAUUUAUUGAGUUUAUAAAGGUGCGACGGGAACAUGCACGUGACAUGUAUAGAACGACGAAGCUUUUCAAGCCUUUGUAUGUUUCGAGGUAGGUUUGAAAAUCCAUCUUUCUGCUCCUGAACUCUCGUGUUGAAGUCAUUGUUACGCUCACCUUUGGUUCAACGUAGCAAAUGUUGAAAUAUUGUGUCGGCACGUUCAUCUGAAACACAAGUUAAAGACUGAGUUUGAGUGAAAAGAUACAGAAUGUGUUACUUCUACCAGAAUCAGAAUGUUCAUAUGAUGAAAAUAAAAAUGAACACUCAAUGGUACAAACAUAAAAAAUACUGUUUUUUUUACACUUGAUUUUCACAUCCUGUAAGAAAACAACUCCAUAACUGCAAUAAAGUAGUAAACAACAAUUUA